AAUCCGAAUUUAUCGACAAAUGGCCCAAUUCUGUGCGACGAAGUGUUCUGAGUUCUAAAACACAUCUUCUACUCACAAAGCUUUUCUGAAACGAGCAAACAUCAACAAUGUCAGUUUACUCACUCCCAGUUCUAUCUCGCUUAGAAAUCGUCGGCAUUUUAGCCGAAUAUCAAAUAAUCAAUCUCUCUGAAACCGAUCUCACAAACCCUACCCCUAAUUUCGUCUUCAAUUUAUACACUUCUCUCUUACUCCAUCUCGAUUCUCUCCAGGAAGAUCCUAGUCAGGUUGAUUUCGCAUCGUUGGAGCGAUUCGAGAAUCCUGAUAUGCAUGUUGAUGCAAUUAGGGCUACUAAUUUGUAUGGCAAAAUUAAGGAUGUUUUGCUCGCUAUUGAGUGCCCUAUUAGUUUUACUUUCCAUGAUUUGGUUCGGCCCGACCCAAAUCGUACUAUCAAGUUUAUAUCUGCCAUUAUCAACUUCUUCCUUCACAAGGAUUCAAAAUUGAGUAUGCUUAGACCAUAUGCAGAGGAACUUAGUGUACUAGAAGAGGAACGCAAGCAGCAGGAGGCUAAAAAUCUACAGUUCAAAGAAGAAAUUGCAGCCCUCAAUGAAGCAAGAGAAAGGGAGAAGCCUCUGGUACUAGAAGCUGAAGCUAAGGUAAAGGAGAAGCAGCAAACACUUGAUGACCUUAACAGCUUUCAGUUGAACUUGAGGAAGGAGCGUCAAGUGAUGAAGGAGAAGGCCCAAGAGAUGCAAAGCAAUGUUUCCAGAUCAGAGUUGGAACUCAUUCAAGCUACACAAGAAAAUGCUUAUUUGCGUUCCAAAAUUGUGCAAUCACCAGACAAGCUCCAGAGGGCCUUAGAAGAGAAGAAAGUAGUUCAAAUAGAGGCAAAGGAUUCCGAAAGGCUGGCAUUCAGAUGUUUUCAAGAAAAGACUACAGUUAUGGAGGUUUAUACAAAGGCUUCGCAGAAAAUGACAAAGCAGUUGGCUCAGAUGCAUGCAAUACAAGAACAGGUCAAUUCUUCCAAAUCUGUCGAAAAGGAUGUUAAGCAACUGAAGGUUAAGUUGAGUGAUGAAACAAUGCUGGAGAAAUCACUUGAAGUCAAAGUAGUAGAAUGUCAGGCGAAAGCUGAACAGUCGGAUGAACAGAAAAAACUGUUGGAGAAGGAGGCAAAGCUGAGGCACGAGCAGGACACAAAUGGUUUAGACAAUGUUAAGUUGGAGGCAGAACUAUGGAGACAUGAUCUGGAAACAAGGGGAAGGAAGGUUGAAGCCGUGGUAGCAGAGCUUGAUGCUAUAAAUGCAAAGAUCAAGUCAACGAAGGAUGUUGCAGCUGCAACACAAGAAGAAUUGCUGAAAAAAGCUGAAGAGAUGAUAAAUGAGCUAAAUCUGUAUACAAGCUCUACCGCGCAAUUGAUGUCAAACAUAGAGGUUCUGCAAACUACUGGGGCUGGGAAUUGAGCUUGUCAUUAUCAUCUAUAUGCUUUGUUAAGGUUGAUUUAUGUUCCCGUAAAAAAAAAAAAAAAAAGUUGAUUGAUGUUAGAUAGGAUGUGAGCAAAACAUCAAGGGAAAUACUUUUUAUAUAAUUGUAUCAUAAAUUGUUUUAUGCAUCGUGCUUAUUUUAAAUAUUUACCCACCUCAACCUAAUCAAAACUCUCUACUUGUGUCUUUUGAAUA